AUGGUGGUACAGUCACCUUCCCCUCUAUUCUGCCAGGAGGUGGAUAAUGCCUUGCGUGUUCCCGCAUCAUCUUGCCGAGGGGGGUUCGACUUCUCUCUUCUCUUUGAGGAAAUUAUCUUGGGGAUUGUGCCUUUAGCCAUCGUCUUGAUCAUUGUACCAUUUCGGCUAUGGCAUCUGGCCCGGAAACCUCGCAAAGUAGAAGUUUCUUGGCUUCUAUGGGCGAAAGUGGCCACAUGGAUUGCUCUCACCUUUGCGCAGGCUGCGUUGGUGGCUCUUUGGUCCCUCCCCUCUAGCAUCCGAACACGUGCUUCCAUUGCGACGAACUCCGCAACGACGGCGGGAGUCUUCCUCCUCGGUUUUCUCUCCUACGCAGAACAUAACCUGUCUGUCAAGCCAUCGCUUCUUCUCAACCUUUAUCUGUUUUGCAGCCUUCUUUUCGAUGGCGCAAAAGUCAGAACAUUAUGGCUGAGGAACUUGGGGGGGAUGAACCACACGAUCACAAUUCUCACCUCUGCCGCACUUGGUGUCAAGCUUCUGCUCUUCAUUCUCGAGGCUGUGGAAAAGAGGUCUGUUCUGAAAAGUAAAUACUCGAAAUAUCCACCAGAAGCCACGAGUGGUGUCUUCAACAAGUUCUUUUUCUGGUGGUUGAUUCCUGUAUUCCGUGCUGGAUUCUCGAGGAUCCUCGCAAUUGAUGAUCUGUUUACGCUUGAGAAGAAGUUGAACUCGAAGCGACUGAGCGACACUCUGGAAACAUCUUGGAAGAAAGUGGAGACAAAAUCCCCAAACUCACUAUUCUUCGUGACCUUGAAAGCUUUCAAGUGGCAGAUCUUAUCGGGUGUUGCCCCGAGAGCUUGUCUUGUCGCGCUGAAUCUGUGCCAACCUUUACUUUUACAUCGUUCGCUUUCAUUUUCUACCGAGCCGGUGAACCAAGACACCGACAAUGUCGGCUACGGUUUGAUUGGUGCCUAUGCACUUGUGUAUACGGGGCUAGCUAUUACAAUGGGACAAUAUCAACACUCAACGUACCGCGCAAUCGCGAUGGUAAGGGGGGCCCUUGUCUCCAUGGUCUACAACAAGGCAACCGGCCUUGAUGUCAAAGAAGCCGAUCCUGCAUCAUCUCUCACGCUGAUGAGUGCGGAUGUCGAACGAAUAGUUCAAGGUUGGCAAACAAUGCAUGACAUGUGGGCCAACGUCAUUGAAAUGGGGCUGGCUAUAUACCUUCUUGAGCAGCAGUUAGGUCUGGCCUGCGUGGUUCCAGUUGGGGUCUCAGUUGUUGCCCUAGUUGGCUCCAUGAUAGGACUUACGUUCGUUAUGGCAAGACAAGCACAAUGGCUCGAGGCCAUUGAGAGGCGUAUUUCAUCGACUGCCUCGAUGCUUUCUUCGAUCAAAGGGGUCAAAAUGCUUGGUCUUACCCCAACAAUGAUGCACCUGGUCCACAACUUACGCAUUGAUGAAUUGAACAUUUCGAAGAAAUUCCGAACACUUUUGGUUUGGAAUAUGGGUUUCGCCUGGUUAACCCGCAUUUUUGCUCCGAUUGUCGCUUUCGGGGCGUUCGUCGGUAUCUCACACGACGAUGCUGCACUGAACACUUCAGUAGUAUACACAUCAUUAUCCCUUUUCACGCUUUUGUCAGAUCCCCUCUUGACUCUUGUUAUGGCCUUGAUGUCAUUCGUGGGGUCUGUUGGGUCCUUUGCGCGUAUUCAAGAAUUCCUUGACAAGGAAAGUCAUGUUGACUCCAGAAAAAACGCGUCGACGCCCCAGCUUGAUCUCUUCCAGGAGCAAAAGACCAAGCGUUUUGCUUUCGUUGAUGACGCAGAGACGCUUACGAACAGCUCUCACUCGCGCAAGUCGUCAGAGAUCCAAUCUUCUCACUCGUUAUAUAACUCGAUAACGAUUCAAAAUGCGGCGUUUGGCUGGGACGUUAGCAAAGACCCCCUGCUCAAGAACCUGACGGUUACAGUUGGGCGGGGGAACUUGGUUAUGCUGAUCGGCCCCUCUGGCUGCGGAAAAUCAACCUUAGUGAAGGCUCUCCUUGGCGAGGUACCUUGUCUAAGUGGAAACAUAAGUGUAUCGUCUGAGCGAAUUGCGUACUGUGACCAAGUACCAUGGCAUAUCAACGCAUCAAUCCGGGAUAGUAUUACUGCCAUGUCGAGUUUCGACAGCGGGUGGUAUACUUCUGUUAUACGCGCGUGUGCUUUGGUGGAAGACUUUGACCAGCUACCUCGCGGAGAUCAAACUAUCAUUGGGAGUCAAGGCAUUUCCCUCAGCGGCGGUCAGAGCCAACGGAUUGCACUAGCCAGGGCUGUCUAUGCCCGAAGAGAGAUCAUCAUUCUAGACGAUGUCUUGAGCGGUCUAGAUGCAACCACCGAGGAUCACGUUUUUCACCAUCUUAUUGGUGUACAUGGCUUGCUACGCUCGGUUGGCUCGACUGUCAUUUUAGCUUCAUCGUCUGUGAAACGAGUUCCUUACGCCGAUCACAUUGUCGUUCUUGACACAGACGGCUUCAUCACAGAGCAAGGAACCUUCAAAGCCCUCGACUCGGCAGGAGGCUACGUAUCCAGCUUCUCACUAGCCUCUCCUGAAUGGAAAUUCGAGGGGAAACCACGCGCUAUCAAAGAGAAGUCCGACGUUAAAACCACCACUGUUGAAGCAAAGGAGAUGGUGAUCGAUGAGCACGGGAGCAGCGGCGAUUUAUCCAUUUACCUGUACUAUGCCAGGUCGAUUGGAUGGCUCCCUACAAUUACAUUUAUCGUGGCCAUUAGUGGGUUUGUUUUCUGCAUAUCUUUUCCCAGUCUCUGGGUAAAGUUGUGGGCUAGUGCAAACGAAAGGGAGCCUGGAGUGCACACAGCUUACUAUCUGGGUAUCUAUGCAAUGCUUGGUGCCGUGGCGAUGCUAUCCUUGAUGGCUGGUUGCUGGCAGAUGUUCAUUCAUAUGGUCCCGAAAUCGGGCGAGGUUUUCCACAGGAAUCUUUUGAGCACCGUCCUUGGAGCUCCUAUGUCUUUCUUUUCAGCCAUAGACAGCGGUGCUAUCCUCAACCGUUUUAGUCAGGACCUCCAGCUCAUUGAUAUGGAGCUUCCAGCUGCUGCUAUCAAUACAUUUACUACGCUGGUUCUCUGCAUCUCACAAAUGGUCUUUAUCGGAAUUGGAUCAAAAUAUGCAGCCGCCUCCUUCCCAGUGGUGAUCGGUGUUCUUUAUGCCGUGCAGAAGGUUUACCUACGCACUUCCCGACAGCUACGAUUUCUAGACCUUGAAGCGAAGACGCCGUUGUUUUCCCACUUCAGUGACUGCCUCGGCGGCCUCAUCACCCUAAGAGCCUUUGGGUGGCAGCGUCCUCUCCAGGAGAAGAAUCAAGAAUUGCUUGAUCGCUCGCAGAGACCGUUUUAUCUUCUAUAUGCUGUUCAGCGCUGGCUCACAAUUACUCUGGAUAUGGUGGUUGCAGCCAUUGCAGUGUUGUUAGCUGUUCUCGUUGUGGUAAUGCGGGGGACGAUCAGCUCUGGCUAUGUCGGGGUGGCAUUGCUCAACGUCAUCAUGUUCAGCCAGAGCAUCAAGCUCUUGGUCACAUUUUGGACUAAUCUGGAGACGCACAUUGGGUCAAUUCUUCGUGUCAGGACAUUCACGGAGAAAGUGUCCUCGGAAAAUCUGCCAGAGGAAACAGACGACGUUCCCCACGAGUGGCCAUCUCAAGGUCAAAUUGAGAUCACCAACGUAUCUGCGCAGUAUAGGAGCUCUGAGCCAGUGCUUCAAGAUGUAUCUCUUUCCAUCAAGGAGGGCGAGAAGGUCGCUAUCUGUGGCAGAACCGGCAGCGGCAAAACCUCUCUUGUAAUGAGCAUCUUCCGCAUGCUAGACCUUAGCACCGGUAGCAUAUCAAUCGACGGCACCGACAUCUCGAAAAUCCCGCGCCAAACCGUGCGCUCACGCCUCAACGGAGUCUCACAGAGUCCCCUCCUAAUGAAGGGGACAGUAAGGCGCAACGCAGACCCAACAGGCUCUAUCACAGACACAGACAUCUGGAACGCCUUCAAAAGCGUCCAGCUAUACUCCAUCGUCCAAGAAAAGGGCGGCCUCGACGCCGACAUCGACGAGCUCUUCCUGUCGCACGGACAGAAGCAACUCUUCUGUCUAGCACGCGCCAUCCUCCGUUCCGGGAAAAUUCUUGUCCUCGACGAAGCCACCAGCAACGUGGACGCCAAAACAGACGAGAUCCUCCAGCGCGUCAUCCGCGGAAAAUUCGCCGCCCACACCAUCCUCGCCGUCGCACACAAGCUCGACACCAUCCUCGACUACGACACAGUCGUCGUCCUCGAAGCCGGCCGCGUCGUCGAGUCCGGUAACCCCUUCGAUCUGCUCUCCUCAGACGAGUCGUACUUCGCUCGCCUUUAUGCGAGCUCCGUGGCGGAUGAGUUGGAUUAA